UCUGCGCGUCUUAACAUUACAGUUUACAGUAAUCACCUCUCUCUCUCUCUCUCAAAAGUAACUCCAACGACACCAAUACAUGGUGUACACGGUACACUGGUAACUCAUAUAAUUGUUCAUCUUUCCUUCUUUCUUUCCUUCUUCGGCGUUACAGUAAACCCCAUUUUCCCUUUUAAUAAACCCAUCCACAGUCACCAGAAAUCCGAGAAGAGGAAGACCAACCAGACAACCCAAUCGAGAGUUCGAAUUCUGAGAACACAGAUUCCAUAAUGCACGCGAAGACCGACUCGGAGGUGACUAGUCUGGCGGCGUCGUCUCCACCCAGAUCUCCCCGGCGACAGGUCUACUACGUGCAGAGCCCGUCGCGUGACUCCCACGAUGGGGAGAAGACCGCGACGUCGUUUCACUCGACGCCGGUGCUGAGCCCAAUGGGCUCGCCGCCGCACUCCCACUCCUCCGUGGGCCGCCACUCGCGGGAGUCCUCCUCCAGCAGGUUCUCGGGCUCUUUGAAACCCGGAUCGCGCAAGAUCUCCCCCAACGACGCCUCUCGCGGAGGGCCGAGGAAGGGCGAGAAGCCCUGGAAGGAGUGCGCCGUCAUCGAGGAAGAAGGUCUUCUCGAAGCCGAAGAGCGCCGGAAGGGCCUCCCUCGCCGCUGUUACUUCCUCGCCUUCGUUCUCGGUUUCUUCCUUCUCUUCUCCCUCUUCUCUUUGAUUCUCUGGGGUGCCAGUAAGCCUAUGAAACCCAAGAUCACCGUCAAGAGUAUAAAAUUCGAGGAAUUCAAGAUCCAAGCGGGUUCUGAUUUCACUGGAGUGGCCACCGAUAUGAUCUCUUUAAAUGCAACUUUGAAACUCACGUUUCGAAACACCGGGACCUUUUUUGGGGUUCAUGUAAAACCGACGCCAAUAGAUCUAAUUUAUUCCGAAAUCGCAGUAGCUUCUGGAAAUAUGAAAAGGUUUUAUCAAUCGAGAAAGAGCCAGAGAUCUCUGAGUAUUCCGGUAACGGGGAACAAAAUUCCGUUGUACGGCAGUGGAGCCGGUCUGAGCAGCUCAACGGGGACGUCGAGUUUACCGGUGCCAUUGAAAUUGAACUUCGCGGUUCGAUCUAGAGCCUACGUUUUGGGGAAAUUGGUUAAGCCAAAGUUCAACAAGCGAGUUCAGUGUUCUCUGACUUACGACCCCAAAAAGCCCCACGUCGCAAUCAAUCUCAAGAAAUCUUGCACGUAUGACUGAGACUGAUUAACAACAGCAAAACGUAAACGAAAGAUGGAAUUUGAAGACGUUGAAUUUUGUAUCUUUAUUGUUAUUAUUAGUAUUAUUAUUAUUAUUAUUAUAAUUUUGUAAUUUAAUUCUUGGGGUUUUCUUUUCUCUGUUGAAAGAAGGAAAAAAAAAAAAAAGGAAAAAGGGUGAGAGACAGCUCAGCGGGCAAGUUUGGGAUCGUCUGGGCAGGGAAUGGACAAUGGAGAACGCGGCAUUAGACUUUUUUGGCUGCCCGAAUUACAGUCUGGAUCCGGCGGUGGCUUGUGGGUGAUCACCUUCAUGCUGUUUAUUUAUUUUUUUUCCUUUUUUUAAUUGUAAACGUUAGAAAUUAUUUGUUUACGCUCAAUAAUGAUGUACCAUUCAUUAGUAAUUAUAGUUUUAUCAUUGAGACUAAACUUGCUUAUACAUAUAAUAAAGGUUGUAUUCAUACUUAUGUUUGUAA